AUGCAGGCGGCGCGUGUUGGUGUGGUAGUCAACGCGAAAGGGGAACAUGUCAUUCCGGCUAGUCGUCGUCCCGAUGGUACAUGGAGAAGGGAAAUUAAGGUAAAAGCUGGAUACAUACCACAGGAUGAAAUGCCUACUUACCUUCCAAAGUCUGUGGAGCAGAUGCGUCAAAAGCGUGAUGCGUUUGUCAUCCCUGGUUUGUCAAAGGAGGAUGCGAUUGCCAUUACCCAACAUCGCAGAGCCGCGGGAGAAGUCACUUCAAAUGGCCAGGAACCUACUUCAUCCAAGAAGAAGAAGAAUAAGUCGAAAGCAAAAAUCGAUUCGAAUGGAGGUGAGGAUCAUGUUUCGUUUGGCAUAUAUUUUUCACGGCUAUACUACUUUAUGCAACACUUACUGGCCAUUUGGGGAAUGUCAUUGACAGAUUUAAUAAUCAUCUCGAGCGUUAUUGUCACUAUUGGUCACAAUAAAUAUCUUUUGGUAAAACCCUAA